GCCAGCACUUAUAAUAUAUCCAGUUAUUUACUGUUUACAGAGAAGAGUUUAGACAUUAAUAAAGUGAAAUACAAGAUGGGACCAGGAAUUAUCCUAAUACUGAUAAUAUCUAUUGGUUCCCUCUAUUCCUCUCCAGAGCUGGAUGAAUAUGAAGAAACUAGAGCAGCUUUACUCCAACAAGAAGUAGAACUCAGUUUGGGCUGGGAACUGGAGUUAAGUGAUGAGGAGGAGUACUUUAACCAACUACUCCUGGCGGAGAAAAUAAAGGAGAUGACAGAAUCUUUCCAAACUGCUCGGUUCCCACCCUCUUUCUCAUUUCUAGAAACAUGGCAGGACUAUGAUAAUUCGACAGUGUUCCAAAUGCUUAAAAAGAUUCCCAAGGGAGGAAUCCUGCAUAUCCAUGAUAUAAGUAUGACGAGUGUGGACUGGUUAAUAUCAAAUGCUUCCUACAGAGAGAAUUUGUUUGUUAAAAGGGAAGUUGAGCCUGUUGAGUUUCGUUUUAUGGAAGAAGCAGAGGAAGGCUGGGAGAGUGUUGCGGCAUUGAGAGAAGAAGUUGGCGCUGGAAAGUUUGAUACAUGGAUAAAGAGCAAACUGCAGAUGGGGAUAGAGCAAGAAAGGUAUGAGACAAUCAAUGAUAUAUGGAAUAAGUUCACUAACUGCCUGAGAUCAGCCCUGGGUAUAAUCACAUUCAAACCAGUCUUUACAGAUUAUUUUGAAAGGGCACUUAAAGAGUUCUCAGCAGAUGGUGUUCAGUAUCUGGAAUUCAGGUACCUAAAUUUGAGUUGCACGCUCCUUCACAAGAUUAAGCCUGAAGCUGACUUUGUCAAUUUUUCUACGGAUAUGUUCCAGUUCCUGGCUGAAAACCCUGAUUGGUGUGGUAUCAAGAUGAUUUUUGCCCCAGUCAGACAUGUAAGUGAAUCUACUGUAGAGCAAGAUCUGCAAGUAGCUCGAGAUUUAAAAGAACUAAUGCCUGAGUUCUUCGCUGGGUUUGAUCUAGUUGCUCAAGAGGAUAUAGGAUAUCCGCUAGCAGACUUUAUAGAACCUCUGCUGGAGACAAGACAAUAUGUGGACUAUUUCUUUCAUGCAGGAGAAACAGACUGGGAUUGUUACAGAGAAACAGACUGNAAACUGAUGGAGAUGGCAAGGCAGAAAGAUAUUCCUAUAGAAGUCUGCCCUAUUUCAAAUCAGGUUCUUGGACUCCUAUCUGAUAUAAGAAAUCAUCCUGCCUCAUCUUUAGUUAAAACAAGCUUUCCUAUAGUUAUAUCCAGUGACGAUCCUCCAGUGUGGGGAGCACUUCCACUCUCACACGACUUUUAUGCAGCAUUUAUGGCCAUUGGAGGAAACUCAGCGGAUCUCAGGUUUCUCAAACAGUUAAUCCUGAACUCCUUUCAUUACUCCAAAAUGGAUGAAAAAGAAAAACUGCAGUGUGGAGUAAAGUUUGAUAGAAAAUGGAACAGAGACAUUGAAAAACUUCUCUACUCUCUAUACCCUGCUAUAACUGUUGUAUAAAAAUGUGUUAAUUUUUAAAGAAAAAUUUAGUUUUUUCUUUUACAACGGAUAAUUUGAUGAAUAAAUAUUGAAAAUUACAUUUUGGCUAA